UUUUCUGCCGCGAUAAGUGCUGAUAAACGAGCGUAUAAAACGAGCGGCGUCGGCCGGCCGUCUUUUCAUUUUCCGAGCGAAAGCGGCCAAUAAGCCGCCGACUGUUUCUCGCACGAUUAGGAGCCGUAUCCGCAGGCGACGCGUCGAAUCGAGGAUCGGGCGAGUGCGAUGAACUCGCGCGGCUAAUUGCCGCAGAGCAAUCGCACCUCCAGCGCAGACGACUCGAGGCUAUAGCCGCCGGAGCAGCAGUGGAGAUGCAGCAGCAGCAGCAGCGCCGGUCGAGGCAGUGGCCCCAGUACCUCGCAGCGAUAACGGCGACCACGUCGAUGGCCAUCACGGGGGCGCACAUCGGCUGGACCUCGCCGACCCUGCCGCGGCUCAAGGGGCCCGAGUCCCACCUGCCGAUCAGCUCGAACGACGCCUCCUGGAUCGCCUCGUUCUACCUGCUGGGCAACCUGCCGGGCAACGUGCUCGCGGCCGUCCUCGUCGACUGGCUCGGGCGCAAGGCCAGCCUCCUGCUCGCGGGCCUGCCGCUCACGCUCGGCUGGCUCCUCGUCAUCUUCGCCUGGCAGCCCUACGUCCUCUACUGCUCGCGCUUCCUCAGCGGCCUCGGCCAGGGCCUCGUCUACGUCGUCUGCCCCAUGUACAUCGGCGAGAUCGCCGACAAGGAGAUCCGCGGCGCCCUCGGCUCCUUCAUCAAGCUCAUGGUGACCUUCGGCGAGCUCUACGCCCACGCGCUCGGCCCGUUCCUCAGCUACGCGGCCCUCGGCUACAGCUGCCUCCUGCUCUCGGGCCUCUUCUUCCUCGGCUUCGCCUGGAUGCCCGAGUCGCCGUACUUCCUGGUGAUGCGCGAGCGGCGCGCCGAGGCCGCGCGCAGCCUGCGCUGGCUCCGCGGGCCCCUCGAGCCGGAGCUCGAGCCGGAGCUCGAGCAGGAGCUCGACCAGGAGCUCGACCAGAUGCAAAAGGCCGUGAUCCGCGAGCUGAGCGACCGGGGCCGGGCGCGCGACCUGCUCGGCAACCGGCGCGCCCUCCUCGUCUGCCUGGGCCUGCAGCUGGUGCUGCAGUUCAGCGGGCUCGCCGCCAUCGAGUCGUACACGCAGGAGAUCCUCGAGGAGGGCGGCGACUCGGAGGAGGCCGGCUUCACCCCGGCCAUGGCCGUCAUCCUGCUGAGCGUGCUGCAGCUCGCGGCGGGCCUCGGGGCCGCGGCGCUGGUCGACCGCAUCGGCCGGCGGCCCCUCCUCGUCGGCACGACCCUCCUCGCGGGCCUGGCCCUCGGCGCGAGCGGGCUCUUCUACCUGCUGAAGCUGCGGCUCGGGCUGGACACGCGCGGCUACGGCUCCGUCCUCGUCGCCUCGAUCAUCGGCUACGAGCUCGUGGUCGCCCUCGGGCUGAACCCCCUGGCCUACAUGAUGCUGGGCGAGCUCUUCCCCACCAACGUCAAGGGCCUGGCCGUCUCGCUGGCCAACCUCUGGGCCUCGCUGCUGGCCUUCGUCGUCUCCAAGAUGCACCAGGUCGUCGCCGACAGCCUCGGCAUCGACGUCUCCUUCGGCUGGUUCGCCGCCAGCUGCUUCCUCGGCCUCGUCUUCAUCGUGCUCUGCGUGCCCGAGACCAAGGGCAAGUCCCUCCUCGAGAUCCAGGAGGAGCUCAACUGCGCCCGCGGCCGACGCAGGCCCGCGAAGAGCAAGGUCCUCACCGCCGCCAACCCGCCCCCGCCCCCGAGCAGCAGCAUCGCCUAGCGGCGGCGGGAUCCGCGCCGAAUCUCCCCCCCCCCCCCCCCCCCC